UCUGUUAGUUCGUAUGUUCGGGUUUCUCCAUAACUUUCGGUUUCACUUCGACAGUGCUGACUAACCGUGUCUGUCGAGGCCUGCAGCAGCGCACAUCUUCAGAUAACAUUCACCUUCGAAGGGGGUAUAAUCGCACGGUAAAUUGCACGAUAGCCAAUUGUAACGCAGGUGAACUUGCUGUCGUGAUAAUAGCGAUAGUCGUGACAGUAAUCGGUGUUUCCAGCAGCAAAGCCCGGACGAGACCUUACUCAAGUACCGCACCGCGAUGAAUCCGCUGGAAAUGAAGCCAGAGACGAAGAAACAGGUCGAUGGAUUCUGUGCACAGCUGUCCAAAGAGGUGAGCCCACUCAGAGCGCAUAGCAGGUCACAGGAGUCCCCGCUGUCUGCUCGGCUGCUGUGUAUCAGCUGUGUGUCACGUCUGUGCUGUGUGCAUUUUUGCUGUGUUGUGUUAACUGUGGGUCACGUGGACUUGUGCAUUAGCUGUGUGCAGUGUUCGUGGGCUCAGUGCAGUGUUAAUGUACUGGAGUGUCCAGUCAGUGUGUCUGUAUUAACCCCUCUCUCUAUCCAGGUAUCCAUGUGGGUUCAGCUUCAGGUUCCGAAGAUAGAGGAUGGGAACAAUUUUGGAGUGGCAGUGCAGGAGAAGGUGUUUGAACUGAUGACCAACACGCGCACUAAAAUAGAGGGAUUCCAGACCCAGAUCUCAAAGUAUUUCAGUGAGAGGGGAGAUGCUGUAGCUAAGGCCUCCAAACAGCCGCAUGUGGGGGAUUACAGACAGCUGGUACACGAGCUGGAUCAGAACCAGUACUGUGAGAUCCGGAUCAUGGUCCUGGAGGUUCGGAACACCUAUGCAGUGCUCUAUGACAUCAUCAGCAAGAACUUCGACAAGAUCAAGAAGCCCAGAGGAGACGGAAAGGCCCUCAUAUACUGAGACCCACGCCGAAACACACAACCCCACUCUCGCCAACUCACACUGACGCUGGAGAAGGAGCCCACUGUCCAUGCAGUUCAAGAAUAAAGCAGAAACCUUUGAUUAAA